AUGUCAGUCUUAGAUUCCAAUGGCAUUACGGAGGAGGACGCUGCUGAAGCGUCGAAUCGCUGGGUGCGUCUGAACGUUGGUGGCCGCAUUUUCCUUACCACCAGACAGACAUUGUGCCGAGAGCCGAAGUCGUUUUUCUACCGGCUAUGUCAGGAAGAAUUUCCUUCAGACAAAGAUUUGUGUGGAGCGUAUAUGAUCGACCGAGAUCCCGACUACUUCGCACCGGUACUCAACUACUUACGCCAUGGCAAGUUGGUGCUUAAUCGAAAUAUUGCUGAGGAAGGUGUGCUAGAAGAGGCGGAGUUCUAUAAUCUAGUUGGCUUGAUACAGCUGUGCAAGGAAAGAAUCGCGCUGAGAGAUGGAAUAGCCUCAAAACUGGUAUCCAUUAGAUCUCCUCUCGUUUACACGAAUAGUCAGGAAUCAGAGUACCUCUGUAUCGUUUCGAAGGAAUAUCCAGAGCAGGUGCCUCCCGGUUUUCGAGACCGAGAAGAUUCCGACCGCGCCAAAAUCUUGCAGCAGAAAGCGAGACGCAUGUAG